UAUCUGCUGUAUGUGCUGUAUGUGCAUGUGGAUUUCAGAGCUCAGAUUACUCUGCAGUGGAGGAAGAGCGAGCAGGGCACAAACAUGAAGGAGGGGAGUGGAGUUUUUCUGGCGUGGAAGGUGCUGCUGGUGGGGAUGUGUGCGUUGCUGCUCCUGAGCUCAGGAGGUUUAGUGUUCCUGCUGGUAAGACAGAAAGAGCUGACGGAGGAGCUGGUGAGGUUGGACGCACAGGUGCAGGUGCUGUCGCAGAGCUGCAUGCUGCAGGCGGGAGUCCUCCGGCCCGCAGACCCGGCAGAGGCUGGAGAGCUAAAGAAGCUCCAGCGCAGCAGAAGAAACCAGGAGGGGAAACCAACACCAAGCGAGGACGAGAAGGAUAUGAUGAUGCUGAUGACAUACUCCAUGGUUCCUGUCAAAGCCUUCAUGGAUCUGUGUAAUAGCUCCAGGGGACUUUGUUUAGCAGGCCCAGCUGGACCACCAGGUUUGCCUGGUAGAGCUGGUUCAUCAGGUCCUCAGGGUGUGCCCGGGCCGGAGGGGAGACGGGGAAGAAGAGGAUUUCCUGGUGAAAAGGGAGAACCAGGACCUAAAGGAGACGCUGGGCCUCCCCGACAGAAAGGAGAGACCUACAAUGAGAUUCUCAUUGAGGGUCCUCCUGGUCCAAGGGGUCCAGCAGGCCCACCUGGUCCAGCAUGUCCUGCUUGGUAUUGUAAUGAAGUGAGAAACAAGACCAUCGGAGAACACAUCCGUCAAAAAAACAUGUUGAUGGAUUCAUCUCCUUCUGUGACCAACGUAGAAAACCGCAACUCAACAAUGAACAAUGAAUCACCCCAUCCAGUAAAUGAGAGCACAGAUGUUUUGAAUGUUACUGCCUCUAAAAAAGCUCUAGACACAAGUACGCGUUCUGUAUCACCUCGCCCAGACUACAGACAGGACAUGUGGAUGGAAACCAGUACAGAGAAUGUUACAGAGGCAUCAACUACCGUAUUAACAGUGUUACCAACACCACAUCCAACUCAUGAAGCCCCCGAUGUUUUUAACGUUUCUGACUCUGAGAAACUAAGAGAGACGGAUAAGGAAUCUGUAUCAUUUCAUAAAGACUACAACCAUGACACCCUGAAUAACACACAUAAUGUUACAGAAGGACCAAUACAAUUAACAGCUCCUCUCUCUGUGGAUCAAAACAGUGAUUCCUUCAAUAACAGUGAAACUAUUAUUGAUGCACACAUGAAAAGUGAAUCACCAACUCCUCGUCCAACUCACAACAGCAGAGAUGUUACUGACUCUCAGAAACUUCUAGACACAAACAUGGAAGCUGAAUCACCAACUCCUCGUCCAACUCACAACAGCAGAGAUGUUACUGACUCUCAGAAACUUCUAGACACAAACAUGGAAGCUGAGUCGGUAUCAUUUCAUCAAGACAACAACAAUGACAUGUUGAACGAUACCAAGAGAGAACAUUUUACAGACAGACUGAUAACAUUAUUAACAGCUCUACUUUCCGCAGACCAAAACAGUGAUGCAUUCAACAAUGCUACAGAGGCACCAACUAAAUUAUUAACAGCAUCACUUUCUGUAGAUCUGGAAAGGGAAUCACCAACUCCUCGUCCAACUCACAACAGCAGAGAUGUUACUGACUCUCAGAAACUUCUAGACACAAACAUGGAAGCUGAGUCGGUAUCAUUUCAUCAAGACGACAACCAUGACAUGUUGAACGAUACCAAGAGAGAAAAUGUUACAGACCAACCGAUAAGAUUAUUAGCUGUUCCUCUCUCUGUGGACCAAAGCAGUGAUUCCUUCAAUACCAGUGCAACCGUUAUUGAUGCACCCAUGCAAAGUGAAUCACCAACUCCUCGUCCAACUCACAACAGCAGAGAUGUUACUGACUCUCAGAAACUUCUAGACACAAACAUGGAAGCUGAAUCACCAACUCCUCGUCCAACUCACAACAGCAGAGAUGUUACUGACUCUCAGAAACUUCUAGACACAAACAUGGAAGCUGAGUCGGUAUCAUUUCAUCAAGACAACAACAAUGACAUGUUGAACGAUACCAAGAGAGAACAUUUUACAGACAGACUGAUAACAUUAUUAACAGCUCUACUUUCCGCAGACCAAAACAGUGAUGCAUUCAACAAUGCUACAGAGGCACCAACUAAAUUAUUAACAGCAUCACCUUCUGUAGAUCUGGAAAGGGAAGCCUUCAACAUCAGUGGAAAUAUUAUCAAAACACCGAUGAAAAGUGAGUGCAACAUUAGAACUAUUAAAUGUCCGGAGAAUGCCACUAAAAUGCAAAGCACUUUUGGAGCCUGGAUGUCCGAUGCAUCCCGGCCGGUAGGAGGGCGAUACUGGCUGGCCGAUCAUUUUUCAGGUCGAGUUUUGAUGGAGCACAGGAACAUUUCGACAUUACAUGAUACAAGCAGCAAGAUGAUAGACGUCAGGAGGUACUUCCAGGGCUGUGGUCAUGUUGUUUAUAAGCGGUCAUUUUACUUUCACAACGCAGGAACAAACAGGCUUAUCAAAUUUGACCUGAUCACCGGUGAAACACACACUCUGAUUAUGGCAAACAGCAGAUAUCACAACCUGAAUUAUCUUUUCGGAAACUCAAAGACAUAUUUCAAGUUUGCUGUGGAUGAAAAUGGACUCUGGGUCAUUUUUGCAGAAGAUACAGAUGAUGAUGAUACGAUAGUUGCAAAGAUUAACACUGACUCAUUCUCUGUGGAGUCAGUCAUUCACACUGGCUACCCUACAAGUAAAGCAGGAAAUGCUUUCAUUGUAUGUGGGGUGAUAUAUUUUACAGAUGACAAAGACAGAAAAGUUACAUAUGCCUUUGAUUUAAAGAAAGAGAGUCCUCUGGAUGCAAGUUUGGAUUUAAGGCCAGGCAAUGGCAUCUUGGCUAUGCUGUCAUAUUAUCCCAACAGAAAGCUUCUGUAUAUGUGGGAAAACAGCAGCGUGAAAAUAUGCAAAGUUAAACUCAUAUUGACCAAGAAAUAACACCAAAAUGUAUAAGAAAGCGAUAAAGUUAUUUGUAAAGUCUCAGUUGAUUUAUGUGAAUUUCUUGAAACACUGACUUGGAGGCUUCGGUCACACUGGAUAUUGUUCACAA